UUGUGCUUCUGCAUGUGCUUCUUCCUCCCCAAACACAGUGGUUGACACCUCACCCCACCUGCCACUGAAUGGCUCCGCAGCCCCCUGCACUCAGAGCCCUGAUGAACCCAGCACUGACUGCUUCAGACGCUGUGUAAUAGCACAGCAUGGCCAAGUUGCACCUAUUAGUAACACACAAACGAUGUGUUGCAUCCUCCAGCACUUGAGAAGAAGAGCCAAAUUUGCAUUGCCAGGAAAUGGUUUAGUGAUUCUGCCAAUUAAAACUUGUUUAUUUAUCUAUCUCCUAUGGAUAUUUUUAUUACAUUGUUAGUACUGAUACAUCGAUGAUGAACAUUGUCUAUGCAGUAAAACUGGGACUGUUGAUAUUGCAACAGACUAUAAAAUUCCUCUGUGGCUUAGCCAGUGUGAUACCUCCCACAUUGUAUAGGAAAUUUGGCAAGUUUAGAGCAAUGUUUUAAGUGUUGGGAGAUUUCUGUAUACUCAAGAGGGUGUUUUUGACAGGCGUAGAACAGAGAAAUUAAAAGGGGGUGGGAGGAAGUUAAAAGAAGAGGCAGGUGCAAGAGAGCCUGCAGUCCCGCUGUGUGUGCGACACUGGCAACAUGAGGUCUUUGCUAGUCUUGGUGCUUUGCUUUCUGCCCCUGGCUGCUCUGGGGAAGGUCUAUGGACGAUGUGAGCUGGCAGCAGCUAUGAAACGUCAUGGACUUGAUAAAUACAAGGGAUACAGCCUGGGAAACUGGGUGUGUGCUGCAAAAUUCGAGAGUAACUUCAACACACAGGCUACAAACCGUAACACCGAUGGAAGCACCGACUACGGAAUCCUACAGAUCAACAGCCGCUGGUGGUGCAACGAUGGCAGGACCCCAGGCUCCAGGAACCUGUGCAAUAUCCCAUGCUCAGCGCUGCUGAGCUCGGACAUAACAGCGAGCGUGAACUGCGCCAAGAAGAUCGUCAGCGAUGUGCACGGCAUGAACGCCUGGGUCGCCUGGCGCAACCGCUGCAAAGGCACCGACGUGAACGCGUGGAUCCGCGGCUGCCGGCUGUGAGGAGGAGCCGCAGCGCCCAUCCCGCCCGCUUUGCCGGCGCGGCAAUACCCGCCCGGCGCUUCUAAACGCAACCCCUCAUUAAAAACACCGUCCGCAAACGC